UUCAUUUGCGAGCAAAGAUCCAGUGCUCUUCAGCCACCGUAACAAUUCUCUUCUCCACCACAAAACGGUCACUCUGUAAUUACAACUACCGCAGUUGCCCGCCUUUUUUUCCGGCAAGUUCAUCCGUUUAUUUCACGCAUCCGCUGCAACAGAUUCAAACGCGCGAUCUCUUUUUUCCUUCAAUGUUAAGGAGUGUUCUGGUUGUCCAUGGAGGCUAUUGAACUGAUCGAUUGAAGUGGAAGUGUGGGAACGGCAAAAUGUCUUUCCAUGGGAAAGAAUUUUGGAUCCCAAAAGGGAUUGGGCAUGUGUCAGAUGAUGAGACAGUCUUUGAUGGAUCAUCCACACUUGGACCAAAGCGGGCCCACCAGUGGUUAGCAGAAACAACUGAACAAGAACUAAUUUCUAACAAAAAACAAGCCAUUGAAGCUUCCUCAGUCAGCAAGCCAGAUUCAAGUUCUCUAUCUUGGGAUAACUUGUCUACUUUUCAGUCCAUUCCAAACCAAUUCGUAGGUCGGCUUUUCGGAUCAGAACAAAUGGAAGGGUCAGUAUGUUUAGGUGAAAGAAACUUGAGGGAAAAGGUGAUCGGUGAAGAGCUUGGGAAUGAUUCGUUUGUUGGUUUGUCAAUGUCUUACAAUAUCGAAGAACCUGAGUCAUGCAUUAAUUACGGUGGAGUUAGAAAAGUAAAAGUUAAUCAGGUCAAGGAACAAAACAUCGGUUUUCCCAUGAAUCAUCAGGAGGUGUACAAUGAGAGAUCUGAAGAAGCUUACAUAUCAAUGGAACAAGGUUAUGGUAAGCAAGUAGAUGACAGUAAUAACAACUCUCCAUUCAGUGGAUAUCAAGAGGAUGCUGAUAUUGAUGCCCUGGGAAGACCAAUUAGCAGCUAUGAAUAUUUUUAUAAUCAAUCCACCGUUCAAACAUCUCCAGUUGAAGUCGACAAGGAUUUAGAUAGAUCAAAUUUGAACACAACAAUUGUUUGCCAGGCUCAAGUUACUAAAUCCAUUCCGAAGACAAAGUCAGAUGAAAAACCUGCUAAGAAAGAAGCCCCAAACAGCUUUCCAUCAAAUGUUAGAAGUUUGAUGUCAACAGGGAUGCUUGAUGGGGUGCCUGUGAAAUAUGUUUCCGUUUCUAGAGAGGAGCUGCCUGGGGUUAUAAAAGGUUCUGGAUAUCUAUGUGGCUGCCAAACAUGUAACUAUUCUAAGGCACUGAAUGCUUAUGAGUUUGAACGUCAUGCUGGUUGCAAGACAAAGCACCCAAAUAAUCACAUAUACUUUGAGAAUGGUAAGACCAUUUAUCAGAUUGUCCAGGAGCUAAGAAGCACAAGAGAGAGUGAGCUGUUUGUUGCUAUUCAGUCUGUUACUGGCUCCCCUAUCAACCAAAAAGCUUUCAAAAUAUGGAAAGAAUCAUACCAAGCUGCUACUCGUGAACUUCGGCGGAUCUAUGGAAAGGAAGAACUGAAUUUGUAACUGGUACUUUUGGGGAGGGAGGGGGGUCAGUGUUGCUUGUAAGGUCAGAUGUUUCUAUUGUGUACAGAACACAUUUCCAUUUUUUGUGGCAAUUUUGAAAUUAGAAGACACAUCAUGAUGGACUUGUUAUCUCAUUUUGUAUAUACUAGUACAUGCAAAAGUGCUAAUAGGGACUGGCAGUUUUGGAAUUGAACUGGAAAUGGUGUAAUCAAAACUGAACCAGAUGUUCUUAGGGUUACGGUUUAAUGGGUUCCAAUUCAAAUUAUGUU